AUGACAGUAGACACCUCGGCAAUUCCAGGCACUGUCACCCUGGUAGAUGUGCAACAUGUGUUGCAUACACGCCAUCUAGGGAAUGGAGAUAUUGUGCUGAUCCCAACACCCUCCCAUGAUCCAGAUGAUCCGCUGAAUUGGGGUCCCAAGAGAAAACUACUGUCGACCAUCUGUGUGAGCGUAUACACGUUAUUUGCCGGCAUCGCCUGCUCCGUCGUCUAUUCGGUCCUCACGCCUCUUUCCGAACAGACUGGGCUGUCUGUCAGCACACUCAACGAAGGCACAGGGUAUAUGUUUCUGUUGGCCGGAUGGGGUCUGCUAUUCUGGCAGCCCUUUGCGAUGCAAUAUGGUAAACGCAUGACUUAUCUGUUGUCCUUGGCCGGAAUCCUGGGUACGACGAUGUGGGGACCGUAUGCACACACAAAUGGGCAAUGGACUGCUCGAUGCGUCUUGUCUGGAUUCUUCACUGCCCCCAUCGAGGCUCUACCGGAGAUCACGGUAACCGAUGUGUACUUUACCCACGAGCGCGGCACGUAUAUGGGUCUUUACGCCUUCUUCCUUGCAGGCAGCAACUUCUUUGCACCGGUAAUCUGUGGCUUCAUUGCCGAGUACCAGGGCUGGCGCUGGGUAUUCUACUGGCCCAGCAUCUUUGUUGGAUGCGCCAUGAUCUUCCUCUUUUUCUUCAUGGAGGAGACCAACUAUAUACGCGAGGAUAUCCAGGAUACCACCGUCGCUAAUGUACGCCUUCAUUCCUCUCAUAGCUCGCAAAGCGGAGACACGGAGAAAGCCAUCUCGGUCGAUGAUCAGCCUUCUCCGCCCCCGGAGAUCGGCGCGGUCUAUCAGAAGAAGUCUUACAUGAAGAAACUCUCGCUUCUUGGUCCGCGACAGAAGCAGAAUACAAUGUUUCGGCGAGCAUGGCAGACGCUUUUCUCCUAUGGAUCUUAUCUGAUUCUAUUCAAUAUUCUGAAUGGAACUGCUUCAAUCAUUCUGGGAUCUGAGCCAUACAACUUCGGUUCAUCUAUGGUUGGCUUGAGCUAUCUGGCGUGCUGUCUAGGGGUUAUUGGAGGAUCUCUAUUCACUGGGCGAUUCAGCGACUGGUUGACCAUCAAGCUUGCUCGACGAAAUGGUGGUAUUAUGGAGGCCGAACACCGAUUAUGGCCAUUUACAGCCUGCUUAUUCAUUGUGCCUGGAUCGCUCCUUCUCUGGGGCGUCGGCGCCGCCCACCAUGUGCACUGGUUUGGCCUCAUUGUAGCCAUGUGCACGACAGCGUUCAUUAAUACCUGCGGUAUUACCCUGAGUGUGAACUACCUGGUUGACAGCUACCGGGAGCUGAGCGGAGUGGCGAUGGCUACUGUGAUUAUCGUGCGCAAUACCAUGUCUUUUGCGAUUGGUUAUGGUAUUACGCCUUGGAUUGACAACCUGGGCUACCAGAACUGCUUCAUUUCAGCAGCAUUUGUCGGUAUGGCCUGCGCUGCUGUGUUUUUGGUCAUGAUCAAGUAUGGCAAGUCUUGUCGAAUUCGAAGCCGGGAGAAGUAUUGGCAGAUUGUCCAAGAGAAUCUGGCAAAGGGCAUGGGCCAUUAG